CUCUUCACUCUGACUGGAGGCGGACGGAGCGAGUGGAAGCGGACGGAAGCCGCGCGGCUCAACGAAAGAGAUGGAGGAGGCAGCGGGCUGAACUCAUCCAUAAGAUCAUAACACUGGAGGGAAAAAAUCUGAAACGGCGUGUUAAAUUCACUACAAGGCACAGCUAGCAGCCUGGUGACACUGACAUAUACAUGCACACAUGAUUGCAGCUGCUCUGGAUCUCCAGAACUAGCCUGGAAACCUGGCCGGCAUCCAGCAUAUCAUCCUUGUCCUCUCGGGAAAGGGUGGGGUCGGGAAAAGCACCAUCUCCACGGAGCUGGCCCUGGCUCUGCGCCAUGCAGGCAAGAAGGUGGGGAUCCUUGAUGUGGACCUCUGUGGCCCCAGCAUCCCCCGAAUGCUCCGGGCAGAGGGCAAGGCUGUUCACCAGUGUGACAGCGGCUGGGUGCCCGUCUUCGUGGACCAGGAGCAGAGCAUCUCCCUCAUGUCUGUGGGUUUCCUCCUGGAGAAGCCAGAUGAGGCUGUGGUGUGGAGAGGCCCCAAGAAGAAUGCGCUGAUAAAACAGUUUGUGUCUGACGUGGCCUGGGGGCAGCUGGACUACCUGGUUGUGGACACGCCCCCGGGAACCUCUGAUGAGCACAUGGCCGCUGUGGAUGCCCUGCGCCCCUACAGCCCCCUGGGGGCCCUCGUGGUUACCACGCCCCAGGCAGUGUCCGUGGGGGACGUGAGGCGGGAGCUGACCUUCUGUAGGAAGACAGGGUUGCGGGUGAUCGGUGUCGUGGAGAACAUGAGUGGCUUUGUCUGUCCACACUGCACUGAGUGUACCAACAUCUUCUCCAGGGGAGGUGGCGAGGAGCUGGCCAGACACGCUGGAGUCCCCUUCCUAGGCUCUGUGCCCCUGGAUCCUGAGCUCACGAGGAGCCUGGAGGAAGGCCGAGACUUCAUCCAAGAGUUCCCCCAGAGCCCUGCGUUUCCUGUACUCUCUGCCAUAGCCCAGAAGAUUCUGAAUGAGACGCCUGCUCAGCUCUCCUGAUUGAAGCAGCCUCAAACAUCUUCUCUUGGCGCCACUGUGAGGCUCUUGCUCCCAGACUCGAGCAGAGGUCCUGUGUGCAGUUCCUGGAACCUGAAGGCUGGCUGUGGGGCUGUCACUGUGCGCACAUCUCCCUGCCCGGGCCCUUGGAGAUAAUUCAGUGUCUCAGCAGCAUUUUGUCACCAGAGGCGCUAACAAUGAAUGGUUCUGCUGGGUUGGCCUGUGGCAGGCCCCCGGGGACAGUGUAGGAUCCUGGUGCAUGGCCUAAUCUCUGGUGCUGGCACAUCCCCUUUUCAUGUCAUGGUAUUCACGUGCCCCAGAGACAGACAGGCCCCUCCUGACACUUGAGUUUCACAUUGUCUACAAAGCUUGUGGAUCUGGAGGCUGCCUGGGGACUUUUUCACCCUCAGGUGCCCGGCAGCCUACAGGGCUAUAAUUGAUUGUGGUGACAGAGGAGAGCACCCUGUAAGGUAUUAAAUCUGUAACUGCAGAGGAGCCUGUGGUUAAACAUGUCUUGCUACCGCGA